CAUAGACAUACAUACGAAUGCAACAGGCAGUGCACAUGGGUCUCUGACUGGAUCCAAUACUCCACAGUUUUAUAUUCCUUCUGUAUUCGGUGAAGUGACAGCAUCCGAGGUUAUUAUGGGCAAGAAGAAGGCAGGCGGAGGAGGCGGACUGGGCAGAGCUCUGAUAAAGGAGAGGCUACAGGCAGGCCGGGGAAACAAGAGGGGAGACUCUUGGCUCCACACCAGUGAACUGAAUGAUGGCUAUGACUGGGGACGGCUGAACCUGCAGUCGGUGACAGAACAAAGUUCCAUGGAUGAUUUUCUGGCCACAGCUGAACUGGCAGGAACAGAGUUUAUUGCAGAGAAACUCAAUAUCAAGUUUGUGCCGGCAGAAGCUCGAGCAGGCUUACUAACAGCUGAGGAGAAAACCAAAUUGAUGAAGCUGCACGAAGACAACAAACAUUUCCUCAGAAUUCCUAGACGCCCCCACUGGGAUGAAAGCACCAGUCCAGAUGAACUUCAGCAGGCAGAGAAAGACAGCUUCUUGGAGUGGAGACGGGCACUUGCACAGCUGGAAGAGGAGCAGAAGUUAAUUCUCACCCCAUUUGAGAGAAACCUUGAAUUUUGGAGGCAGCUGUGGAGAGUGAUCGAGAGGAGUGAUGUUGUUGUUCAAAUUGUUGAUGCCAGAAAUCCUUUGCUGUUCAGAUGUCUUGACCUUGAGGCCUAUGUAAAAGAAGUGUCAGCGCAUAAGGUGAACAUGCUUCUGGUGAACAAAGCAGAUCUGCUGACCAGGGAGCAGAGGCAAAUCUGGGCCAGAUACUUUGAGAAAGAGGGGCUCAGGGCAGUUUUCUGGUCUGCUCUGGCUGAGAGCAACAGGUUGGAUGCAGAGGAAAAGGGCAUGGAAGUGGCUGAUCCAGAGUGUGAAGAGAGUGAUUCAGACGACGGAGGACAGCAAAUUAAAGAAUACCUGAGCCGGAAAGGUGCAGAUAGAGAGGAAGAGGUAAAGAACAAGGAGGACGAGGACUAUGAGGGACAACAGAGUGACAUAGAGGAAGAGCAGGAAGAGGUGAGCACGGAUGAGGAGGACUGGAAGACCUGUUCAGAAGGUGAGGAAGAAGCAAUGGAAGGAGCUGCGGGUUCAUCCAAUGCAUCCUUCCACAACUCCAGCCGACUGCUGCGGAAAGAUGAGCUUCUGAACAUGUUCAGGGCUGUUCACAAUGGGCCCAGGGUUAAAGAAGGGCAGCUGACAGUGGGACUGGUCGGGUAUCCUAAUGUGGGAAAGAGUUCAACCAUCAACACUAUUUUAAGGAACAAGAAGGUUUCUGUCUCAGCCACUCCUGGACACACUAAGCACUUUCAGACACUAUAUGUGGAGCCAGGCCUGUGUCUCUGUGACUGCCCAGGUCUGGUCAUGCCCUCCUUUGUUUCUACCAAAGCCGAAAUGAUCUGCUCUGGGAUUCUGCCCAUUGACCAGAUGAGAGAUCACGUCCCUGCGAUCUCCCUUAUAUGUCAGACGAUCCCUCGGCAUGUGUUAGAAGGCACCUAUGGCAUCAACAUCAUUAGACCCCGUGAAGAUGAAGACCCUGACAGACCACCCACCACUGAAGAGCUGCUGAUGGCGUAUGGAUACAUGAGAGGUUUCAUGACGUCACACGGUCAGCCUGAUCAGUCCAGGUCAGCCCGGUACGUCCUGAAGGAUUAUGUGAGCGGCAAGCUUCUGUACUGCCAUCCCCCUCCACAUAUAGAACCCGAAGACUUCCAGCCACAGCAUAAAAAGUUCGAGAACAAAGAUUCAGACAGCAGUGACCUCCCCACAGCAAUGAACAGAAAACAGAAAAUCAAGAGAAUCGAAAAUGUAGUUGACAAGAACUUUUUCCAUCAGGAGAAUGUGCGGGCACUCUCCAAAGGAAUUCAGUCUGUGAUGGGAUACAAACCAGGCAGUGGACCUGUAGGCCCAGGUAAAGCUGAGUCAGAGAUGGCAGUGGGCAAACCCUGGAAAAAGCACGGCAACAGGAACAAGAAGGAGAAAGUACGGCGGAUUACUAAGCAUCUGGAUGCCUGAUUAUGAUCAGAAAUCUAAGUUGUUCAAAUUGUGUGAACCAGUUUGAACAACUUGGAACUGUGAACUGUACUUUAGGGAAAACCUCCGAGUACAGUUCACAUGUGAUUCCAAGGGAAUUAAUUCUGAGAACUUUGGGUAGACGACAGCCCCCUUAAUCCUGUGAGAGUGGAAAGGUCAGGUCAUCGUGGUAUUAACUAAUGAGGUGCAUAAUCUGUCUGGUUUGGAGAUCAAAACGGUGCAAUGCAUUCCCAUCGGACGGAUCACCAGUUAAAGAGCAACUGAUGGACUCAACAUCCAGAGUGUGAAAUUACUAAUAAAAUGAAAAUUACAUUUUAUUAAAGGAUAACACAUUAUGAAGUCUUUAUUAGUCAGUUAAAUUACUGUAAGUUGAAUUUAAUACACUUAAAGCAAUGCUGUUUGUAACUAAACUGG